CCUUACGCACUAACGUCGCUGAACUGUUGCGCCCGAUACACUUCCUCUCCACAGUUCUAUUAUACAAUGAUUCGUUCCACGAAGAUGUUAUUUACUCAAGACAAAGGUUAAAAGAAAUAAGGAAGUAGAAAUUAGAAAUUUAUGGAGAAAUACAAAUUUCCAGGUGACAUUGGCAUAAAAAAAACCAUUUACAUCAGACACUGUGUCAAUAUUCAUCAUGUUUUAAAGACCAAAGGAAGAUGUCAUAUGAAAUAUAGAAGAUAAAUAUAAUCCUAAUAUUUAAUAUUUCCUUUAAACUAAGAUGAAUAUUAACACUUCUUGACUUCAGUGCCUGGGAUGUGUUCAAGAAGGUUUUUUGCAUAUUAAUUAAAUUCAGGAAAUUUAUAAAGGUAUUUGCAUCGUCUUCAAAUAUUGACAGCAAUCAUUGUUGAUGGGAAUAUAGCAAGAGAAUUGUUUCUAUUGAGUAAACGAUACAAAGUAAAGAGGUAAAAAAUGGAGGCAGGACUGAUUUUAUGUGAAGAUAUGUUGAAAGAGAUUGGAAAAUCAUCCAACCAGUGUGAUGUAUGUAAUAAGACAUUUUCUCAAAAAGGUAACCUUGUUAAACAUCGACGUAUUCACACAGGAGAGAGACCAUAUCACUGUGAUGUCUGCAGUAAGUCAUUCUCUGGCAGUAGUGACUUAAGUAAGCACAAACAUGUUCAUACAGGAGAGAAGCCAUAUCACUGUGAUACUUGUGGUAAAUCAUACUCUCAGAAAGGUAACCUAACCACGCAUAAGCGCAUUCAUACAGGAGAGAGACCAUACUGUUGUGAUGUCUGUGGGAAAUCUUUCACUCAGAGUGGGAAGUUAGCUACUCACAAAUUCAGUCAUACAGGAGAGAAGCCAUAUCACUGUGAUAUGUGUGGUAAAUCGUUUGCUCAAAUAAACAGCUUAACUAAGCAUAAAUAUAUUCAUACAGGACAGAAGCCAUAUCAUUGUGAUAUUUGUGGUAAGACAUUUUCCCGAAAUGAUGAAGUAACUAUUCAUAAACGUGUUCAUACAGGCGAAAAGCCGUUUCACUGUGGUGUCUGUGGUAAAACAUUCUCUGGAAGUAGUAACUUGACUAAACACAAGCGUAUUCAUACUGGAGAGAAACCAUAUCAUUGUGAUGUCUGUGGUAAAUUUUUCUCUCAGUGUAGUGACUUAAGUACACAUAAACGUAUUCACACAGGGGAAAAACCAUAUCACUGUAAUAUCUGUGCAAAAUCAUUCUCUGGAAGUAGUAAUCUAAGCAGACACAUACGUAUUCAUACAGGAGAGAGGCCAUAUCAUUGUGAUAUUUGUGAUAAAUCUUUCUCUGAAAAUGGAGCUUUAACUAAACACAAGCGUAUUCAUAUAGGAGAAAAACCAUAUAGAUGUGAUAUCUGCGAUAAAUCAUUCUCUCGUAGUAGUGACUUAACGAAACACAAGCGUAUCCAUACAGGAGACAAACCAUAUCACUGUGAUGUUUGUGAUAAAUCUUUCUCUGAGAAUGGAGCAUUAACCAAACACAAACGUAUUCAUAUAGGAGAAAAACCAUACAGUUGUGAUAUCUGUGGUAAAUCUUUCUCUCAAAGUAGUAACCUAUCCAUACACAAAUACAUUCAUACAGGAGAAAAACCAUAUCACUGUGAUAUCUGUGAUAAAUCCUUUUCUCAGAAGCGUAACUUAGCUACACAUGUACGUAUUCAUACAGAAGAGAUUGAUUCUUACUUUCUUGAAGAGAUGUCAAAGAAGACUGAAGAACCAUCUUACCAUUCUGGUAGCCACAAAUAUGUAAAUAGAGGCAAGAAACUAUAUCAUUGUGAUAUCUGUGAUAAAUACUUCUCUGUAAAUAGUCACUUAGCUCUACACAAACGCAUUCACACAAGAGAGGGGCCACAUCACUGUGGUGUCUGUAGGAAAUCAUUCUCUCAAAUAAAUAUUUUACGCACUCACAAACGCAUUCAUACAGGAGAAAAACCUUAUCAGUGUGACAACUGUGGUAAGUCUUUCUCUCUUCGUGGUACUUUAACUAAACACAAGCGUAUACAUUCUGGAGACAAACUAUAUCCCUGUGAUAUUUGUGGUAAAUCAUUCUUUCAAAUAAGCAACUUAUCUACACACAAAUUUACUCAUACAGGAGAGAAGCCAUAUCACUGUGAUGUCUGUAACAAAUCAUUCUCUACAAGUAGUAACUUGAGUAAACACAAGUAUAUUCAUACAGGAGAGAAGCCAUAUCAUUGUGAUGUUUGUGGUAAAUCAUUCUAUCAAACUGGAGAUUUAACUAAACAUGUGCGUAUUCAUACAGGAGAGAAGCCAUAUCGGUGUCAUAUCUGUGGUAAAUCUUUCUCUCUAACUGGGAAUUUAGCUAAACAUGUAAGUAUUCAUAUAGGAGAGCCUCCAUAUCAAUGUGAUAUUUGUGGUAAAUCUUUCUCUAAGAGUAGUGCUUUAAUGAGACACAAAAUUUCUCAUACUGAACAGGAACCAUAUCAGUGUAAUAUCUGUGGUAAAUCAUUUUCUGGAAGUAGUAGCUUGAUUAGACACAAACGUACUCAUACAGGAGAGAAACCAUACCGCUGUGAUAUCUGUGGUAAAUCAUUCUCUAGAAGUAAUCACUUAACUUCACACAAAUAUAUUCACACAGGAGAGAAGCCUUAUCACUGUGACAUCUGUGGUAAAUCUUUCUCUGUAAGUGGUUAUUUAACUGUACACAAACGCAUUCAUACUGGAGAGAAGCCAUAUCACUGUGAUAUGUGUGGUAAAUCAUUCUCUACAAGUAGUGACUUCAUGAGACACAAACGUAUUCACAGAGGAGAGAAACCCCAUCAAUGUGAUAUCUGUGGGAAGUCCUUUUCUGAAACUGGGCAUGUAACCAAACACAAACGUAUUCACACAGGAGAAAAACCCUAUCACUGUGAUGUGUGUGGUAAAUACUUUACUGAAGUUAGUCACUUAACUAGACAUAAACGCACUCAUACAGGCGAAAAGCCUCACACAUGUGUUAUAUGCGGCAAAUCCUUUUCUGAACUGAAUUCCUUAAAUACUCACAAAAAUGUUCAUACAGGAGAAAGACCAUAUCUUUGUGAUAUCUGUGGUAAAUCAUUCACUCGAAGGUUUCAUUUAACGACUCACAAACGUAUUCAUACUGGAGAAAAACCAUACCACUGUGAUAGGUGCAGUAACUCAUUCUUGUAUAAAAGCCAGUUAGCUUCACAUGUAGCUAUUCAUUUGGAAGUGUAACUGUGUCAUCACCAUUUAGCGUCUGCUUUCCAUGCUGGUAUGGGUUAAACAGUGUGAUUCAAACUGGUAAGCUGGGGAGCUGCACCAGCUUCCAAUCUGACCUGGCAAGGUUUCUACAGCUGGAUGCUCUUCCUAACGCCAACCACUCCAAGAGUGUAAUGGGUGCUUUUUAUGUGCCACCAGCACAGGUGCCAGUUAGAUGACACUGGCAUUGGCCACAACUACCUUUUCACUUGGCUUGACGAGUCCUUCUCAAGCACAGCAUAUUGCCAAAGAUCUCAGUGACUUAUCACCUCCAUAAGGUCCAGCUUUGGAAGGGUGCUUUUUAUAUACUGCUGGCAUGGGUGCUUGUUAUGUGACAUUGGCAUCAGCCACAACCUUGAUUUCCCUUGGCUCGAUGAGUCUUCUCAAGCACACUAUAUUGCCAAAGGUUUUGGUCACUAAUCACCUCUGUGAGGUCCAACGUUCGAAGGAUGCAUUUUGCAUGCCGUUGGCAUCAGCCACAAAUACAAUUUCACUUGGCUUAACGAGUUUUCUCAAGCACAGCAUAUCACCUCCAUGUGGCCCAAUUUUCAAAGGGUUUUUAUGUGCCACUGGCAGGGUUGCCUUGUCCAAAUUCAUUACUUAACACAACAACAAACCUCUUAAGACCAUUUCUCCCCCACCCCACUGAAGCAAUGUUUACCCUGGACUUUUCAUGGACCCUCAAAACACUACUGUUGAUCCCAAAUUUCCUAUUUUGCUAGCAUGGACCCCACCAAAAUCUUAUAUGGAUCCCAAUUGAGUACCACUGAUCUAAAUGGCACUAACAUUUACACUUUGUUGAACAAUGAUGCUAGAAACACAAAGCAUUGACAUUUUUAGGGAAAAACCAGUGUGUAUAGUUUGGUCCCUCUUGUGAUGUGAUAAAGUUACCCUAAUCCUCAUGAAAGAGGUUUUGAGUUUCUUUUGGUGUUGCUUGGAGAACUUUUUUCAGACGGUUUAACCUAAGCAAUAAACAGUUGUAAAAGGCCAAUAGUGUUAAACUAAUUCAUUACCAUCCUUUAUAUUUUUUAGUUGCUUCGGUCAUUAGACUGUAGCCAUGCUGGGGCACCACUUUGACGUAUUUUUGUUGAAUGAAUUGGCACUUGUACUUAAUAGAGAAUAAAAUUGUUAUUGUAAUAAUUUCCA